AUGAUUGUGAACAUUGCAGUGUUGUCAAGAAUGGCUUCAAGUGACGGUCUUGAAUUUCCAUUCGACACCAAUUCCUUCUUGUUCUUGGAAUCGCCGGAAACUUUUAGUGCUCUCACGGAGUGUCAGGAGAAUUCUUCGUUGCUGAUUCCAGAAAAAGAACACAAUGAGAUUGUUGAAUUUGUCCCUGUCUCUGCCGCCAAAAAUGAUAUACAUCCCUCAUCACUAGAAGAGAAUUCACGCAUUGAUCAUCAAGAGACAUUAUCAAGAACUUCAAGCUUUAAUCAAAGCUUCCAUCACGAAGACGAUCAUUCUAAUUAUCUCAUUGCAGCAAGAAAUCUUCCUAACAUGCCAUCAUGUACACUCCCAAAUGGCCCAAGAGAAAGUGUCUACAGUGGAAACUUUUUUCUAGCCUCGACGAAUAAGGUGAUGACCACUGGACUACAAUCAGUUGGUUUACAACAUAAACCUGUAAGCCAAAGUUAUCAACAACCUUUACUGUCGCCAACGAAUCCUGAUUUCUCUAGAGAACCAUAUGUUUCAACAAUGAUGGGGACUAAUGUACAAGAAAUGGAGAGGAGUAAUGGACUUACAAAUCUCAAUCCUAUUUAUGGCCUACAAGAUCAGUGCAUUCAUUCGCCUAUGUUUCAGGAGGAACAAUAUGAUUACGAUUUACUUCUUGAACAACUCAAGCAUAUUCAUGAAAAUGAUCAGAUGCAACAGCCAGAAUCUUCCAACAUGCCUACUCCAACAUACAUGUCAGGAAACUAUUCACCAUUUGCGCAUACUUCAUAUCAAUCUGACCCAUUUGCUAUUAAUUUUCAAAACUCAAGCUCAUUACAAACUACUUGUCGAACCCGUGGAAGGCCAAGGAAAAAUCAAAUUCCGAUGCCUUUGGUACCUACAACUCAAACGCCCUUAACCUCUCCCAGACAUUAUAGCACGCGAGAGAAGGGAAAACAAGCUAUUACAGCAAUGCCGUCUUUGAACCCAACUCUAUACAAUCAAUAUCAAAGAUCAUACACAAACACAAUGGUCCAGCAGAGUGGAGUUUUAAGACAACGUAGUUGUUAUGAUCAACUCGAAAAUGAAUGCUCAUCGUCUAAAAUAAGGAGGAUCAUGCUCCCGUUUCAAGAAAACUCUGUGGCGGAUUCAUCAAGGGUUUCAUUUUGGCAAGAUGGAAAUAUGCGUUCAAGUGCAGCCAAUCACCAUGAAGAGAGGUCUAUUAAAAAUACAAUGUACGAUCCAUUGUAUGCAGGUGUUGGAUUACCCAUUGAUCCUCAUUUGAGGUUCUUUUGA